AUAAGAAGAAGCUGCAAUUAAAUGUCAAAUUUAUCUUUUUAGCCCUGCAAACGUUUUCAUUACUAGCUUUUUUAUUCUGUAUUUUCUAAAAGGAAUUAAAAAUUAAAAAAAAAGCAAUCCUUAUGGGCAACGAUAAAAGACGUCGAUCACAUUCCAGGGAUCGUCGAGACCGGGACCGCGAGAGAGAUCGUGACCGGGAACGGGACAGGGAUAAUGAACGUGAUCGUGGACGAGAACGGGAACGCGAGAAGGAUCAUAAUCGACGCCGCUCUAGAUCUCGAGGUCGAGAUCAUCCAAUAGAAAAACGACGCACGGACGAGAAACCAAAAGAUGAAAGGGAUGAAAAAAAACCUGGCGUCAAAGACGAGGACGAUAUGGAGGAUGUCAAAAUGAAAGACAUUGAGAAGGCUAAAUCUAAGAAGGAACCUCUGUCUUUAGAAGAAAUCCUUGAGAAAAAGAAAAGAGAAGAGGAAGCACGUAGCAAACCAGUCUUUCUCACUAAAGAACAGCGGGCAGCGGAGGCCUUGAAAAGACGUCAAGAAGAAGUAGCUGCAAUGCGUAGCGCCCAAAGUGCAGCUACAGCUGCUGCCAUUGCAGACGGAGAUGGCUUGAAUAACGGGUUCGGAAUUCCACCGACGCAACUAAAAAAUGAAAGGAUAGAUCGCAAAGAUCGCGAUCGCGAUUAUGAUCGACGGGAUCGUGAAAAAGGGCGAGAUCGCGACCGGGAUCGAGAUCGUGAAAGAGAUCGAGAUCGAGAUAAGGAUAGAGAUAGUAAACGCGCUGAAGAUCUUACUCAUAAGGAUAAGGAGAAAGAACUGGAAGCGAUACGUGAACGGUACUUAGGUAUUGUGAAGAAAAAACGCCGUGUUCGUCGAUUAAAUGACCGUAAAUUUGUUUUCGAUUGGGAUGCUGGAGAAGAUACAUCCAUUGAUUACAAUAAUUUGUACAAAGAGCGUCAUCAUGUACAAUUUUUCGGUCGUGGUAAUGUCGCUGGUAUUGACAUCAAAGAACAAAAACGUACACAAAGUAAAUUCUAUGGGGAUCUGUUGGAGAAACGACGAACGGAAGCAGAAAAAGAACAGGAAAAGGUGCGACUUAGAAAAGUGAAACGUAAGGAAGAUAAGCAAAAAUGGGAUGAUCGUCAUUGGUCUGAAAAGGCUCAUGAGGAGAUGACCGAGCGUGAUUGGCGUAUUUUCCGUGAGGACUAUAACAUUACAAUUAAAGGUGGUAAAAUACCUAACCCUAUACGUAAUUGGGCCGAAUCUGGGUUCCCUAAGGAAAUCAUCGAAAUUAUUGACAAAGUUGGGUACAAAGAGCCAACACCUAUUCAAAGGCAGGCAAUACCGAUUGGCUUACAAAAUCGCGACAUUAUUGGUGUAGCAGAAACAGGUUCUGGUAAAACUUUAGCUUUCCUUAUACCGUUGUUAUCUUGGAUUCAGUCACUUCCGAAAAUAGAACGCAUGGAAGAUGCCGAUGCAGGACCUUACGCCAUUAUUAUGGCACCAACACGUGAAUUAGCACAGCAAAUCGAAGAGGAAACUAUCAAGUUUGGUCAACCGCUGGGCAUACGCACGGUGGUCGUAGUGGGCGGUCUGUCUCGUGAGGAACAAGGGUUUCGUCUACGCUUAGGUUGCGAAAUUGUUAUCGCAACACCUGGUCGUUUGAUUGAUGUUUUGGAAAACCGUUAUUUAGUUCUAAGUCAGUGUACGUAUAUUGUAUUGGAUGAGGCAGAUCGUAUGAUUGACAUGGGUUUUGAACCGGAUGUUCAAAAGAUUCUUGAAUAUAUGCCAGUAACAAAUUUGAAACCUGACUCGGAAGAAGCUGAAGAUGCCAGCAAACUAAUGGAGAACUUUUACUCAAAAAAGAAGUACAGACAAACUGUGAUGUUUACUGCUACUAUGCCUCCAGCGGUGGAACGAUUAGCAAGAUCAUACUUGCGGCGUCCAGCUACUGUCUACAUUGGAUCUAUAGGCAAACCAACCGAACGCACAGAGCAAAUCGUGUUUAUGAUGGGUGAAAACGAUAAACGCAAGAAACUGAUGGAAAUACUUUCCAAAGGUAUUGAACCGCCAGUCAUCAUUUUCGUCAAUCAAAAGAAGGGUGCUGAUGUGCUUGCCAAAGGAUUGGAGAAGUUGGGUUACAAUUCAUGUACUCUUCAUGGUGGCAAAGGACAAGAACAACGUGAAUACGCUCUUGCAGCUCUUAAAAACGGUUCCAAGGAUAUGCUGGUAGCAACGGACGUCGCUGGACGUGGUAUUGAUAUCAAAGAUGUGUCACUUGUCAUCAACUAUGAUAUGGCAAAAUCGAUCGAGGAUUACACGCAUCGUAUAGGUCGUACGGGACGUGCUGGGAAGAAUGGUGUAGCCAUUUCAUUUGUCACCAAAGAUGACAGUCAUUUAUUCUAUGAUCUUAAACAAUGCGUUACGGCUAGUCCGGUAUCUGUAUGUCCACCAGAGCUAAUGAAUCAUCCAGAUGCACAACACAAACCUGGCACAGUGGUGACAAAGAAAAGACGGGAGGAGAAAAUCUUUGCUUGAGUUAUGCGGAAAGCCAAACCCGGAAAAAAUUUAAUUUGGCAACAUUUUUACAUGGAUUUGGUUUACAUUUGUGAAUUUAAGUUUGUAUAACAGUAGUAUAUUUCUCUUCGGAUUACAUUUUUAAUACAUGGCUUUCGCCUUGGUAACAUAAAAAAAUACAAGGAACAAUUUUUA